UGGCUCAGGUGAAGAGCGAAUAAAAGAGCGAGAAAAGCUCCAAGUAGUAAGAGAGAGAGAGAAGGGAGGCCAAGAUAGCUCCGCUACGGUAUGAUCACCUGCUCUUUUCUUCGCCGCCGUUGCCACUGCUCUCUCUACACACCUCCCUAUCUACAAAUUCCUCAGGAAUUCAAAAUUUCCUACUUCAAAAAGAAAGCAAGAUGCUGACUCUUUCCCUCCUUCUUUCUUCCGCCUCCUUUCACUUUUUCUCUCUGGAUCUGCGAAUUCUGAGCCUGUUUCGCCGUCGCUUCGCUGCGUUUGUCUGCAAACUUUGUGACUUUUGAUGAGCACUUGAGGGAUAAUAGUAUAGUACUUUUGAAGCAUAAUUCGGCUGUUCCUCCUUGUCAUGUCUGAUCAGGCUGUGAAAUCAGAUAAUGGUAAGGACGAAAUUCCUGAAAAGUGUCAUCCCUGCCAAUCUGUUUGGAUGUCUCACUGGAAACAUCCAAGUUACAGGUCAGUAGAUGACAUUCAAAAUCAAUCAUCACUUCAUUAUGAAUCUGGGGAAGAUAGGAACAGAGCCAAGCAACAAGCUUUGCUUGGCGAGGCAGAUAUAGAAAGAGAAAGCUCUAAGUUUGUGAAGGAGUUCAGAAAAAUGCGCAGGGCCUUAGUGAAUGAAAGUACUGCAACGAGUUCAAAAAAAUUGAGGCAUGAAACAUUUAAAGGCCAGCAUUUUCCAAUGCUCAGAUAUUCUCAAAAUGGAGCGGGUGUUUUAUCUCUGAAGAACGCCGAGUCCUCUAGCCAUUACGAAGGAGCCUUAAGUUCACAAAUUGGUCCUACUUCUGGAUGUGAUUUUCCUUUGGGUGGAACUGACAACUGUUUACCCUCAAUGCUUGACUGUACUCCUUCCAAAACAGAAAUUCAACCAAUAGAAUAUCAUUUUGAGCCUGAGGGCAUCAUGUCAAAUCCAGAGCAGCUGGUCAAGGCCAAUAAAUUGCUUGAAAAGAAUGUAAAAGAUUUUUCAGCACCUCUCAAGGAUGAAUUAUUGGGGUCAACUUCUAGAGUUUUGCCAUCUCAAUUUAACAGAGUAAGAACUCCAACCGAGUCCCUUGUCCAUAGGGAAGAUUACGUUGAUCAACCAAGCAGUAACACUUUUAUUGAUCAGAAGAAAAUGAAUAGCAAUGCAGCUCUAUUGAUACAUAGUCCCUCAACAAGCGAUAAUCGCCCAAGAGUCUUGGUUGGUGAACAUAUCCCAAAGAUGCCAAAUCAGAUCAGGCCUCCAGAUAUAAGAUUAUAUAAUGGGUCUCAUGAACCGCCUGGAAUUCCCUCUUCUGUCCAUGAUGUGAAGACUAUGAGAAUAUAUACCAAUAUAGACUCUGUAAAGGAGUUUAUUGGAGGUCCUUCAAAGUUUUCUCAAACUACUCACCACUUCUUGUUCACUCAAAAGACUGAUGUAAACUUAUCUGAUGGGGGUCAAAUAUUCAGAGAGUCUACAAUAGCCACCAAAAUUGAAGGAAAUCCAAUGAGUGAACUCCUCAGCUUAUCUCCUGAUUUUGGUUUGAAUAUUAAGCAUGGAGUGAAGCUACAAACUCUGGACAUCUGCAAAGAUAGUGAAGGAAAAGACAGAAUUGAAAAUGACCAUACAUCUGGCAUUGAUUUAAAGAACGAAUCAUCAGAUAAAACUGACACCAUGGAUAUGGACACUCUUCGGGAGAAGCAUCUCUCUGGUGUGGAUUCAUUCCUCCUAAAAAAUAAGGACAUUGAGGGGACCCAACAAAAGUCACCAACAACUCAUACUGCAAUAUCUUCAGACAGAGAAGAGAGUAGAAGCAGACUGCCUAAUGUAGAGCUUCCAGAGGUUAACCAGGAACGUCCUGUAGUCUCAGGUGUGGCAAAUUCAGAUGAUACAGACACGGACACCUCGAGAACCCAGAGUUUAGAUGCGGAACACUUGCUUUCCCAUGCUGACCGUUCCAUAAAUUUAAAAUCUAAUGCUUGUGCUGAUGGUCCAUUGGGAUUGGAUCCAUAUAGCAGAUGGGUUGAACGUCUCAAACCAAGUGGUUUCGAGUCUUUUGGUCAUGGUACUAAGAGCUCAAAAAUGGAGGAAGCAACUUCUCAUGAAAAAGUUAACAAGUUAUUCAGCAAAAUGCCCAACUGCAGCAAAACUAGUUCAGCUCCAAAGAUGAACAGGUCUUAUCAUAAAGAACAGAUGAUGGAUUCUGCAGAAUUACUGAGGAAUGCUGAAUCCUCAUCUGCUGACUCGAUGAGGGAAAGGCAAGACAUAAAACUUUCACAUUCUUGGAUCCGGAGGUGGUGUCAUAAACCAGCCUCAUCCUCUAAAAAGAAGUCUGAAGCUGUGGUGAUAUGUGAACCUCAGAGUUCAAAGGCAACAGUAGACAACUUCCAGAAGCAGCAGUUUCCGAGCAUUGCUGCUAUGGCUUUGAUGGGGAAGGCCAUGACUGGUUUUCGCCCAUGUGAGUUCAAUAAAAGGGGGUCUUUUAUAGUUUGGAACACCAAAGGUUUCUGAGCAAUCAACCCGAGGAUGAAGAGUCAACAAGAGGAUGGAAUCUUUGGCCAUCAAUCUCCUACGAAAUCAGCGGGGAGAAUGUCAAUAUGUAUAUGGCCUGAAUGUUAGUCUGGUAUGUGCCUUCCUGAAUUUGUUUCCCUUUCUGGCCCAUUUUCUUUAUUUGCCCCUUUGUAUGGAAAUAAUAAAGUUGUGUAUGGGUCAUUUGAUAAGAGAUUUGGCAGAGGCCUUCUUUCAUGGAGGUUGAAAGGGGCAAUCUCCAAUCUCACCCUCUAUCACAUGAUAAUGUAAAUUUGAAAGAACUUGGCCAUGUUGCAAAUGUAGCCUUUUAUCCUCCAUAUUGCAAUGAAGCUUGAGCUAUCAGCGCAGGGGCACAUAUUUCUUUA